GCCCUUGAGGCGAGGGAGCCGCCGCUGCCGAGGGGCAGGAGAGUGAGCGGGCGAGCCUAGCGAGCGAUAAAAGGAGGGAAGGCGGGAGGAGGGCGGAGCAGCCGCGGGCGGGAGGAGGAGCAGGAGAGCCGCCGCCACCGAAUGCGAUGUGGCCGGCCGGCCGGCGUGUAAACACAGGGAGCAGCCGCGGUCGCGGCCGUCUGGGUCCGGGGCAGUGAACGCGCCCACCGAGACCUGCCCGCCGCUGCCAUGACCGAAGUGCGCAAAUUCACCAAGCGGCUCAGCAAGCCUGGCACGGCGGCCGAGCUCCGGCAGAGCGUGUCGGAGGCCGUGCGGAGCUCCGUGGUGCUGGAAAAGACCAAAGUUGUGGAGCCCCUGGACUAUGAGAAUGUUGUCACCCAGAGAAAAACCCAGAUUUACAGUGAUCCUCUCAGAGACCUGCUUAUGUUUCCAAUGGAAGAUAUAUCCAUCUCGGUGAUAAGUCGGCAGCGUAGAACAGUGCAGUCUACAGUACCAGAAGAUGCUGAGAAAAGAGCCCAGAGUUUGUUUGUCAAAGAGUGUAUUAAAACCUACAGCACAGAUUGGCAUGUGGUAAACUACAAGUAUGAAGACUUCUCUGGGGACUUCCGAAUGUUGCCAUGCAAAUCUCUGAGACCAGAAAAGAUUCCCAAUCAUGUAUUUGAGAUUGAUGAGGACUGUGAGAAGGAUGAGGACUCAUCUUCUUUAUGUUCUCAGAAAGGUGGUGUGAUAAAACAAGGCUGGUUGUAUAAAGCAAAUGUGAAUAGCACCAUCACGGUUACCAUGAAGGUAUUCAAGAGGCGAUAUUUCUACUUAACUCAGCUUCCUGAUGGCUCAUAUAUUCUUAAUUCCUAUAAAGAUGAAAAAAAUUUAAAAGAAUCUAAAGGCUGCAUCUACUUGGACGCCUGCAAUGAUGUUGUUCAGUGCCCCAAAAUGCGCCGUCAUGCUUUUGAACUCAAGAUGUUAGAUAAGUAUAGCCAUUAUCUGGCUGCUGAAACUGAGCAGGAAAUGGAGGAAUGGUUGAUAACUUUGAAGAAGAUUAUUCAGAUCAAUACCGACAGUUUAGUGCAAGAGAAAAAGGAGACGGUAGAAACAGCACAAGACGAUGAAACUGGCAGCCAAGGAAAAGCCGAGAACAUCAUGGCCAGUUUGGAGAGGAGCAUGCAUCCAGAGCUGAUGAAGUAUGGAAGAGAAACUGAACAGCUAAACAAACUCAGUAGAGGAGAUGGAAGACAGAAUCUUUUUUCUUUUGAUUCAGAAGUUCAGAGGUUGGACUUUUCAGGAAUUGAGCCUGAUAUCAAGCCAUUUGAAGAAAAAUGUAACAAGCGUUUCCUGGUAAAUUGCCAUGAUUUAACUUUUAAUAUCUUGGGUCAAGUUGGAGACAAUGCAAAAGGACCACCCACAAAUGUUGAACCCUUUUUUAUCAAUCUUGCCGUAUUUGAUGUAAAGAACAAUUGUAAAAUUUCAGCUGACUUCCACAUAGACUUAAAUCCCCCAUCUGUCCGUGAAAUGCUGUUGGUCCCUUCAGCUCAACUGGCCAGCGAGGGAAACCUAAAAGGUUCUUCACCUGAGUCUUUCAUUCAUGGAAUUGGUGAAUCUCAGUUACGCUACAUAAAACAGGGCAUUUUCUCGGUGACAAAUCCACAUCCUGAAAUUUUUCUAGUUGCACGAAUUGAAAAAGUCCUACAGGGCAACAUUACACACUGUGCGGAACCCUACAUCAAAAAUUCAGACCCAGCGAAGACGGCCCAAAAGGUGCACAAGACAGCUAAGCAUGUGUGUAGCCGGCUUGGACAAUACAGAAUGCCCUUUGCUUGGGCUGCCAGACCCAUUUUCAAAGAUACUCAAGGCUCUCUGGAUCUGGAAGGGAAAUUUUCUCCUUUGUAUAAACAAGACAGUAGCAAGCUUUCUAAUGAAGAUAUUCUCAAGUUGCUCUCAGAAUACAAGAAGCCAGAGAAGACGAAAUUACAGAUUAUUCCUGGGCAGCUAAACAUCACGGUAGAAUGUGUUCCUGUGGAUUUAUCAAAUUGUAUUAGUUCUUCAUACGUGCCCCUGAAGCCUUUCGAAAAGAAUUGUCAAAAUAUUACCGUGGAAGUUGAAGAGUUUGUUCCGGAAAUGACAAAAUAUUGUUACCCAUUUACUGUUUACAGAAACCAUCUGUAUGUAUAUCCCUUGCAAUUAAAAUACGAUAGCCAGAAAACAUUUGCCAAGGCGAGGAACAUUGCUGUCUGUGUGGAAUUCCGGGAUUCAGACGAAAGUGAUGCUAGCGCUUUAAAGUGCAUUUAUGGAAAACCUGCAGAAUCUGUGUUUACCACAAAGGCAUAUGCUGUUGUCUCGCAUCACAGCCAAAAUCCAGAGUUCUACGAUGAGGUUAAGAUUGAGCUUCCUAUUCACCUUCAUCAGAAGCAUCAUUUGCUUUUCACUUUCUAUCAUGUAAGUUGUGAAAUUAACACAAAGGGAUCAACCAAAAAGCAGGAAACGGCUGAAACUCCAGUUGGGUUUGCCUGGGUACCUUUGCUGAAGGAUGGUAGAAUCAUCACAUUUGAGCAGCAGCUGCCAGUUUCAGCCAAUCUUCCCCCAGGCUACUUGAAUCUGAAUGAUGCAGAAUCAAGAAGGCAAUCCAGUGUGGAUAUUAAGUGGGUAGAUGGUGCAAAGCCUUUGUUAAAAGUUAAAAGCCACUUAGAGUCUACGGUUUACACUCAAGAUCUGCAUGUGCACAAAUUCUUCCGUCAUUGCCAGCUGAUUCAGUCAGGCUCUAAAGAAGUUCCAGGGGAGCUCAUUAAAUAUUUAAAGUGUUUGCAUGCCAUGGAGAUCCAAGUCAUGAUACAGUUUCUACCUGUUAUUCUUAUGCAACUCUUCCGAGUUCUCACAAAUAUGACCCAUGAAGAUGACGUUCCUAUCAACUGUACCAUGGUUCUCUUACAUAUUGUAUCAAAGUGCCAUGAAGAAGGCUUGGAUAACUAUUUAAGAUCCUUCAUAAAGUAUAGCUUCCGACCUGAAAAACCCAGUGCUCCUCAGGCCCAGCUGAUACAUGAAACCCUGGCUACUACGAUGAUAGCAAUACUGAAGCAGUCUGCAGAUUUUUUAUCAAUAAACAAACUGCUAAAGUACUCGUGGUUUUUCUUUGAAAUUAUUGCAAAGUCUAUGGCCACAUACUUGUUGGAAGAGAAUAAAAUUAAGCUUCCCAGAGGCCAGAGAUUUCCCGAGGCAUAUCACCAUGUCUUACAUUCACUGCUUCUUGCAGUCAUUCCCCAUGUGACUAUUCGGUAUGCAGAGAUUCCCGAUGAGUCCAGAAAUGUCAAUUAUAGUUUGGCUAGUUUCCUCAAGCGGUGUUUGACACUAAUGGAUAGAGGAUUUGUUUUCAAUUUGAUAAAUGAUUAUAUAUCUGGAUUCAGCCCCAAAGAUCCUAAGGUCCUGGCUGAAUACAAGUUUGAAUUUCUGCAAACCAUUUGCAAUCAUGAACAUUACAUUCCUCUAAACUUGCCAAUGGCAUUUGCAAAACCUAAACUUCAGCGAGUUCAAGAUUUUUUUUCAUUUGCGGUGGACCGUUUGACUUCAGUAGAUUCAAAUCUUGAAUACAGUUUAUCAGAUGAGUAUUGCAAGCAUCACUUCUUGGUUGGUCUGCUUCUGAGGGAAACCUCCAUUGCUCUUCAAGACAAUUAUGAGAUCAGAUACACAGCUAUCUCUGUCAUAAAGAAUCUUUUGAUAAAACAUGCAUUUGACACUAGAUACCAGCACAAGAACCAACAAGCCAAAAUAGCACAAUUGUACCUCCCGUUUGUUGGACUGCUUUUGGAAAAUAUACAGCGAUUAGCAGGUCAAGAUACUUUGUAUUCUUGUGCAGCCAUGCCUAGUUCUGCAUCCAGGGAUGAGUUUGCAUGUGGCUUUACUUCACCAACAAGUAGAGGAAGUCUAAGCACUGACAAAGACACUGUGUUUUUGACAGUGCCUCCUGUUGCUAACAAGGACUCGGCUUUUUUAGUUUAUGGAUCAUUUCAAAAUGGACAUGGAAUUAAGAGGGAAGAUUCAAGAGGUUCCCUCAUCCCAGAAGGAGCAACAGGAUUUCCAGAGCAGGGCAACACUGGUGAAAAUACCCGACAGAGUUCUGCAAGAAGUAGUGUAUCCCAGUAUAACAGGCUGGAUCAGUAUGAAAUCAGAAGCCUCCUGAUGUGCUACCUGUAUAUUAUAAAAAUGAUUUCUGAAGAUACUCUCUUAACUUACUGGAAUAAAGUAUCUCCUCAGGAGCUCCUAAACAUUCUCAUACUUCUAGAAGUAUGUUUGUUUCACUUUAGAUAUACGGGGAAAAGAAACAUAGCAAGGGUGCAUGAUGCCUGGCUGUCUAAACACUUUGGAAUAGACCGAAAAUCGCAAACCAUGCCAGCUCUUCGAAACAGAUCAGGAGUAAUGCAAGCCCGGCUUCAGCAUCUCAGUAGCCUGGAAAGUUCAUUUACGCUGAAUCACAGUUCUACAACAACUGAAGCAGACAUUUUCCACCAGGCGCUUCUUGAAGGCAAUACUGCUACUGAAGUUUCCCUCACAGUACUAGAUACCAUAUCUUUUUUCACCCAGUGCUUCAAGACCCAGCUUUUAAACAAUGAUGGCCACAACCCAUUAAUGAAAAAAGUAUUUGAUAUUCAUCUUGCUUUUCUUAAAAAUGGACAGUCUGAAGUGUCACUGAAACAUGUUUUUGCUACACUGAGGGCUUUCAUUAGUAAGUUUCCCUCGGCCUUUUUCAAAGGAAGGGUAAACAUGUGUGCCGCAUUUUGCUAUGAGGUUUUAAAAUGCUGCACCUCGAAGAUUAGCUCAACGAGGAAUGAAGCAUCUGCACUUUUGUAUCUUUUGAUGAGAAACAACUUUGAGUAUACCAAAAGGAAAACCUUUUUGAGGACACAUCUGCAGAUAAUAAUUGCUGUGAGCCAGCUGAUAGCUGAUGUAGCGCUAAGUGGAGGAUCAAGAUUUCAGGAGUCUUUAUUCAUUAUCAAUAAUUUUGCAAAUAGUGACAGACCUAUGAAGGCAACUGCUUUUCCCACCGAAGUCAAAGAUUUGACCAAGAGAAUCCGUACUGUUCUUAUGGCCACUGCCCAAAUGAAGGAACAUGAGAAAGACCCAGAAAUGCUAAUUGAUCUCCAGUAUAGCUUAGCCAAGUCCUAUGCAAGCACCCCAGAGCUCAGGAAAACCUGGCUUGACAGCAUGGCCAAGAUUCAUAUAAAAAAUGGAGAUUUUUCAGAGGCUGCAAUGUGUUACGUUCAUGUAGCAGCUCUGGUUGCAGAGUUUCUUCAUCGAAAAAAAUUAUUCCCUAAUGGAUGUUCAGCCUUCAAGAAAAUUACUCCCAAUAUAGAUGAAGAAGGGGCAAUGAAGGAAGAUGCUGGAAUGAUGGAUGUCCAUUAUAGUGAAGAGAUUUUGCUGGAGUUGUUAGAACAAUGUGUGGAUGGUUUAUGGAAGGCAGAACGUUAUGAAGUAAUUUCUGAGAUUUCCAAGUUGAUCAUUCCAGUUUAUGAGAAACGUCGUGAGUUUGAGAAACUUACUCAAAUUUAUAGAACUCUUCACGGAGCUUACACAAAAAUUCUGGAGGUUAUGCACACCAAAAAAAGACUGUUAGGUACUUUCUUCAGAGUUGCCUUUUAUGGCCAAUCCUUUUUUGAAGAAGAGGAUGGAAAGGAGUACAUCUACAAAGAGCCGAAGCUUACUGGCCUCUCGGAAAUUUCCCAGAGACUUGUUAAACUUUAUGGUGAAAAAUUUGGUACAGAGAAUGUGAAAAUAAUUCAGGAUUCAGACAAGGUAAAUGCCAAAGAGCUUGAUCCAAAAUAUGCUCAUAUCCAAGUCACUUAUGUGAAGCCCUACUUUGAUGACAAAGAACUCACAGAAAGAAAUACCGAGUUUGAAAGAAAUCAUAAUAUCACCAGAUUUGUUUUUGAGGCUCCUUAUACUUUAUCAGGCAAAAAGCAAGGCUGUAUAGAAGAACAAUGCAAACGCCGUACAAUCUUAACUACUUCUAACUCAUUUCCCUAUGUGAAGAAGAGAAUCCCUAUAAACUAUGAACAGCAGAUUCACCUAAAACCAAUUGAUGUUGCUACCGACGAAAUAAAAGAUAAAACUGCAGAGCUGCAAAAGCUUUGCUCCCCUGCUGAUGUGGACAUGAUUCAGCUCCAACUGAAAUUGCAGGGCUGUGUUUCUGUGCAGGUCAAUGCUGGUCCAUUAGCAUAUGCAAGGACUUUCUUAAAUGACAGCCAAGCCAGCAAAUAUCCACCUAAAAAAGUGAAUGAGUUGAAAGACGUGUUUAGGAAAUUUAUACAAGCCUGCAGCGUUGCACUUGAUCUAAAUGAGCGGCUAAUUAAAGAAGAUCAAAUUGAGUACCAUGAAGGGCUAAAGUCAAAUUUCAGAGACAUGGUGAAAGAAUUGUCUGACAUAAUCCAUGAGCAGAUAUUACAAGAAGAUACCAUGCAUUCUCCCUGGAUGAGCAACACAUUACAUGUAUUUUGUGCAAUUAGUGGUACAUCAAGUGACAGAGGUUAUGGUUCCCCAAGAUAUGUUGAAGUGUGAAGAUAUGCAGAUGUAAAAUGACAACGAGACUGACCUUUCUCAGGAAUAUUCGGAGCUGUGCAAAUGUUAAAAUUUAAAGAUUCAAUAUACAUGGAGUGUUCUCUCCACACACCAAAUUUUUCAUGCUUUCAAACAGGGUGCUUACAUAUUUGUAAAUAUUUAAGCAACUUGAAAGUGCCUGGAAAAUUGCACCACUGUGCUUUGUUUGUACUUUUUUAGGUAAAUCUAUAUACUGAAAAGUAGAACUCAAAAACAUUAAUUCAGUUUGCUUAAUUAUUGCUUCAAAUGAUAAUGGUACUAUGUAAAAUUGUAUAAUGGAACACAAUAAAAGGUAAAACUUAUUUGUAA